AUGAUCAUAAAAUUUUUCAAGCCUAAAACCACUUCAAAUUCUCUUGCGCUAAGCUCUCCUCCAUGUCCAGCUAUUCACAACGUCGAUGAUGUUAAUCCUUCUCGACCAUCAAGUAAAGACAAGAUGUUGGAUUUGGGUCUUCUUGAAUCCGAUCCUGCUAAAAGAAAACAAAUUUCAGAUUAUUCUCCUAAUCUGCGUGAUAGAGCAAGGAGAUAUUACCUUAACAAGGGUCCGUGUAAACGUUGGGAUCGUUUUGUUUUUCCAAUAACAUAUUUUGGUAAAAAACCGCGUUCUUUUCAUUCUGAUUGGUUUGACACUUCAUAUUCAGGAUGGUUAGAAUACAACAUUGAAAAAGAUGCAGCUUUUUGCUUAUGUUGUUACUUGUUUAAAAAUGAGACAGGAGGACAUGGAAAACAAGUAGGCGAUCCUUUCACAGUGGAUGGUUUCAGAAGUUGGAAUAAGGGUUUAGAAAGAAUUAAUAAACAUGUGGGUGAAGUGAAUAGUGUUCAUUAUUGGUGUUUCAAGAUGAUGUUAUAUUUAGAUAAUCAAGCACAAUCUAUUCUAACUUGUUUUGACAAGGAAAACGAGGAAACUAAAAGCAAAUAUCGGGUUCGCUUGAAUGCUUCGAUUGAUGUUGCAAGGUUUCUUUUAAAAAAAGGAAUGCCUUUUCAAGGCCAUGAUGAAAGUGAAACUUCUGCAAGAAGAGGAAACUUUUUAGAUCUCUUAAAGCGGUAUGCGGAUAAGAAUGAAGAGGUGAAACAAGUUGUGUUAGAAAAUGCUCCACAAAAUGACAUCGUGAUUUGUCCAAGUAUCCAAAAAGACAUUGUGAGUUCUUGUGCGAACGAAACAGUGAAAGCAAUUGUUGAAGACUUAAAUGGGGAUUACUUUAGGAUAUCAGUUGAUGAGUCUAAGGAUGUCUCUCAUAAAGAACAAAUGGCUCUUAUUCUGCAGUAUGUCAACAAAGAGGGUAAACUAAUUGAGUGA